AUGGAAUAUAUAGUUAGAGUUCCAAUUGAUACCUCUCUUGAAAAAAUCGAAUUUCAAGUAGACGACCCACUUCUUCCAUUUAGAUGGAGUUACUCGUGGUAUAUGGCAACUGGAAAGUGUACAAUGGGCUAUCUUUAUAAAGAUUCUGCACCAUAUGGAGCCUACGACAUAUACCAUCAAAUUAUGAAUGACUCCAAGGGAACCUCUGAAACAAAGCAUACCAACAACACUCAUACUGAAAAGGAAACCAAAGGAGCCAUUCCCAUCCACCAGUGGUAUCUCUCACCAAACACUGGAUGGCACGAAAUGAAAUUUAAAGUUAAUUCAUUGGUCUAUGGAACUAUCCCUUUCCAUUAA